AUGCAGAAUUCUGCCGUUGAAGACCAUACAGAAAAGGUCGAUGACUACGAGUUAACGGAUGUGCAGGAUGAGGCAGGAAAUUUGCUCCCAAUGGUUGAGCAAAAGGCACCUCUUCUUGCAGCAUCUCCCGCGGUACUCGAACAGCAGAUGGCACUUUCUUCCGGAAAACGGAGGCGACGUCGUCUGAAAAAGGCAGCUUUUGUGUGUCUAUUCAUAGUCCUGUGGUUCUCUUUUUCAUUGGCUCUUUCAGUGGUUAAUAAAUGGAUGUUUUCUGAAGACCAACUCAAUUUCCGGUUUCCAUUGUUCAUGAGUAGUUCCCAGAUGGUUAUAGAUUGGCCUCUGGUGGGCUGCAUUUCUGUUAUAACAGUCGGUGUGGCUUUAAUGGUAGCCACGGAAGCCCAGUUUGCAUUGUCUGGCUUCCUACUCGUCUUGGCUUCCUCUGUCAUGUCUGGAUUGCGUUGGUCAAUUACACAACUGUACCUGCUUGAUCAUCCAGCGACCUCCAAUUCUUUCACCUCGCUUGCAGCUCUCACUCCGUUCAUGUUUCUGUUCUUAGUAUGCAGCGGACUUGUUCUCGAAGGGCCCAACGAGUUUAUUCAUUCCCCGCUGUGGGCUACACUUGGUUGGCGUAUGAGCAUGUUAUUUGUGUUUCCGGGUGUUCUCGCGUUUGUUAUGAUUUCGGCCGAAUUUGGUCUAAUCAAGAAAACCGGUAUCGUCACACUGAGUGUGUGCGGCAUCAUAAAGGAGAUCAUCACUAUUUUAUUCUCAUCCUUUUACUUUCAUGACAAGUUACUACCUAUUAAUUUCGUUGGCCUGGUAAUUGCGAUAUUUGGGAUUGCCAUUUACAACAUGUACCGUUACUUCCAGUCCUUAUCUGGAGAUGAUUCUGAUGAUUCUGAUGACGAACCCGAAGAAGAGAAUGAGCUACAAGAGGAGAGUGAGGAAGAGCCGUUACACUCUUCCAUGUCCGCAGGACAGAGUCAUUCCCGAAGCAGUUAUAUUCCACUUCGUGAAAUCACGCACAAAACCUCGCCCCCCGAAGAAGAUUGA